AUGAGAAGAGGAGAUAUGCCCCUUGUUAAGCAGCUGUCCAGCCCUUGUUUGGGAAAGGAAAUGCCGCGGCAGUUUCCAAAGAUCACGCUGACUGCGGCAGAUGAGGAGGUGCGUUUGCUGGCGGAGAAGGUGUAUGCCUCGGCACUGAAGGAGCAGAAUACUAAGGAUGCCCUGUCCAUGUACACAGUACCAGAGGACUGCCCCAUUGGAUUACACCAGGCCAAGGAGAGAGAGUUACUUCGAGAGCUAGCUGAACAGCAGUCAGAGGAAAGCACCAAGAGGAAGAAAAGUUUUAAGCUAAUCCGCUCUCAGUCGAUGUCCCUGCAAAUCCCGUUGAAUGCAGAGUUGACUGUGUCUGGGUUGACACAUCAACUGAUGCCUACCGCCACUCACCCCUCUGUCCCAGGGAACUUUCCAGACUACCAGAGGGUCACAAUCAGUGGAGAUUACUGUGCUGGGAUUACAGUAGAAGACUAUGAGCAGGCAGCUAAAAGUCUUUUGAAGGCACUCUUCAUACGUGAAAAAUACUCUAGACUGGCAUAUCAUCGCUUCCCUCGAACCACAGCCCAAUUCUUACGCCGCGCUGAGAAUGAGAGGUGGAGAGAGGAGGAUGACAUCCUGCCAGAUAUCUGCCCCUGUCCUCAAGAGGGGGAGGACCCAUAUAGCAUGGAGAACAUUCCAGAGAACCUGAGCUAUCUGCUGAAGAUGAAGGAUGGCAUUGUAUAUGUGUAUGAAAAUGCAGAGGAUCUUGACAUGAACAGGCCACACUGCCUUCCCUAUCCAGACCUGGAGACAUUCGCCAUUGACCUGAGCCACGUUCUGGCUAUGAUCGCAGAUGGGCCCACGAAGACAUAUUGUCACAGACGCCUGAAAUUUCUUGGUUCAAAGUUCUAUCUGCAUGAGAUGCUCAAUGAAAUGGCGGAGCUAAAAGAGCUAAAAAGUGUCCCACACAGAGAUUUCUAUAAUGUCAGGAAGGUAGACACCCAUAUCCAUGCAGCAGCUUGCAUGAACCAGAAACACCUAUUAAACUUCAUCCAGACCAGCUACCAAAAGGAGGCAGAGCGGGUAGUGUUAGAGAAAGGGGGACAGAAGCUUACCCUGAAACAAGUGUUUGAAAAUCUCCACCUGGACCCUUAUGACCUCACUGUGGACUCUCUAGAUGUUCAUGCAGGCAGGCAAACAUUUCACAGAUUCGACAAGUUCAACUCCAAGUACAAUCCAGUAGGAGCGAGUGAACUAAGAGAGAUCUACCUCAAAACUGAUAACUGCAUCAAGGGUGAAUACUUUGCUCGUUUAAUCAAGGAAGUGGCCCAUGACCUGGAGGAGAGUAAGUACCAGUAUGCAGAGCCACGUCUGUCCAUAUAUGGUCGCUGCCCCAGUGAAUGGGAAAACCUGUCACAGUGGUUCAUCCUGCAUAAAGUACACUCUCCCAACAUGCGCUGGAUCAUUCAGGUGCCCCGAAUAUAUGAUAUUUUCAAGUCACGGAAACUGGUUACUAACUUUGCCAAAAUGCUGGAGAACAUAUUCCUCCCACUGUUUGAGGCCACAGUGAAUCCUCAAAAUCACAAAGAACUUCAUGUUUUUCUGAAAUAUGUGACUGGCUUUGACAGCGUAGAUGAUGAAUCAAAGCACAGCGAUCACAUGUUUUCCUAUAAAAGCCCUAAACCUGACCAGUGGACAACAGAUGACAACCCACCUUACAGCUACUACCUUUUCCACAUGUAUGCCAACAUCAUGGUGCUCAACAAUCUGAGGAAGGAACGAGGACUGAACACCUUCCAAUUCCGCCCACACUGUGGUGAAGCUGGCUCAAUAACCCACCUUGUUUCAGCUUUUCUCACGGCUGACAACAUCUCCCAUGGCCUCAACCUGAAAAAGAGUCCAGUGCUGCAGUACCUGUAUUAUUUGGCCCAAGUGCCCAUUGCCAUGUCUCCCCUCAGCAACAACAGCCUAUUCCUGGAAUACUCUAAAAAUCCACUCCGAGAGUUCUUACACAAAGGCCUCUGUGUGUCCCUCUCCACAGACGACCCCAUGCAGUUCCAUUACACUAAGGAAGCACUGAUGGAAGAAUAUGCCAUCGCUGCCCAGCUGUGGAAACUUAGCACCUGUGAUGUGUGUGAGAUUGCCAGGAACAGCGUGUUACAGAGUGGACUGUCUCAUCAGGAGAAAAAAUACUUCCUUGGAGAGGACUAUUUGAAAGACGGGCCUGAAGGGAACGACAUUAGGCGGACCAACGUGGCACAGAUCCGCAUGGCCUACAGACAUGAGACACUGUGCAAUGAGCUCAGCUUCCUUGUGGAUGCUGUUAAGUCAGAGACAGUACCCACACAGGCAAAAUAA